AAAAUGACAUCUUCAGAAUCAUAUGGGAGUCAACAGACUAGCCGCAAACACAUUGUAAAUAGAAAAAAGAAGAAGACGUAAACAAACUGAAACUCGAAAAAAUGACUCAAAAUUAUAAAAUUCGUAAAUUGGAUAAAAAACAAAAACGCUGUGAAGCUAUUAUACAAAAUGAUUGCAAAAUUAACGCCUCCAAAGAAGAACCUACGAAAUACGUUGGGAUUCUCAAUGCCGGUUUAUCAACAGGUCUCACCGAAGAACUUGUUUUGGAAACAGCGGAAAAAUAUGGACAAAUCAAAAGAUUGUUGAUGUUACCAAGUAAAUCAUAUUGCUUUUUGGAAUGCGCCAAUGUAAGUGAUGCAGUUUCCAUAGUGAAUAAUAUGCAUGGCUUAGCGCAAAUUGGACAGAAUCAAUCGGUAGUAUAUUUAAGUUACUUUGUGGAAUUGCCCGAGGAGGAAAAUUCAUCAUGGCUAAAACCUUUACCAGAUGGUUUAAUCGUAGUUAAAGACUUUGUGACAGAGCAAGAGGAGUAUGAAUUGUUAAAAACUUUAGAAAUUGAAAAUGAUUCCUCAGUUGAUUCAUCUUUAAAGCAUCGUAGAGUAAAACAUUUUGGUUACGAGUUUCUGUAUGACAUUAAUAAUGUAAAUCCAGAGCAACCUUUAGAAAGGAAAAUACCAUCGGAAUGUGAUUUUCUAUGGAAGAGAUUGGAAAAUACUUCUGAAAAGGAUGGUCUUUCGUUUGAAUGGCGAGAACCAGAUCAGCUGACUGUAAAUUCAUAUGAAGCAGGACAGGGAAUACCACCUCAUGUUGAUACUCAUAGUGCCUUUCUGGACCCUAUUCUCUCACUUUCUCUCGAGGGGGAUAUUGUUAUGGAAUUCCGAAAAGGUUUAGAGCGCUCCUCAGUUUUGCUACCUCGUAGAUCAUUGUUAAUAAUGUCAGGAGAAUCGCGUUACGAUUGGACCCAUGGCAUAACACCGAGAGUUAUGGAUGUUGUCUUAACCUCAAAUGGAAAUCUUUCUACAAAGCGCAGAACAAAGCGCACAUCACUUACAUUUAGAAAACUUCGAAAUGGUCCAUGUUUGUGCAAAUACCCAACUUUGUGUGAUUCCAAAUUAAAUCAGAGCUGCUUAGCUACUACCGAUCACAUUGGCAGUGAUAAAGCAGCCCUUCUAGAGGAACUUAAUGUUCACACAGUAUAUGAUACCAUAGCUGAACAUUUUAGUGAAACACGUCACUCCCAAUGGCCACAAGUUGCAGAGUUUUUAAAAAGUUUUAAUCAAUCAUCUGUUCUGCUUGAUGUGGGUUGUGGAAAUGGAAAAUAUCUUAAUUCCAAUACCCAUCUAUUAAAUAUUGGUUGCGAUCGCAGUAAUGGACUUCUUAAACUAUGUAAAUCGCUACAAUAUAAUGUUUUUCGUUGUGAUUGUCUGCAUGUCCCGGUGCGUUCCAAUUCCAUUGACGGUUGCAUAAGUAUAGCUGUAAUACAUCAUUUAGCUACCGCUGAACGGCGCUUAGAUGCUAUAAAAGAACUUGUUCGUAUUUUAAGGCCAUCCGGUAGAGGUCUAAUUUAUGUUUGGGCUAAAAAUCAAAUUGCUGACAAUAAAAAAUCCUCAUAUUUAAGACAAAACAAAUCUAUAAAUAAAAACAAAACAACUGAAGAUGAACUUAGACAGCAAACUCAAAGACAAUUGGAAGAAAAAGCUAAAGAAGCACCAGUAGCACUACCAGUCCACUCAAAUCGUACAACUUUUCAACAACAAGACGUUCUCGUUCCCUGGAAAGUAAAGACAUCUCAAGACAAAGAUGAACAAAAACGAGAAAAACCAACAUUUCUCAGAUACUAUCAUGUCUUCGAGGAAAAUGAAUUGGAUGUAUUACUGCAGGGAAUUUCGGAGGUUAAGAUACUAAAAAGCUAUUAUGAUCAGGGCAAUCACUGUUGUAUAUUUGAAAAAGUCAAAAUCACCGUUGAUUAAAAUAUACAGUAGAAUUUGUUCGAAUUGUUAGUUCAAAAAAAAUUUUAAAAGGAUUUUGUAACACAUUAAAUAAAUAAAAAUUUAAAUAAAAGUAAAUUUUAAA